UUGUGUAUUCCUUUUGGAACAUCGCUUUCCUUCUUCUUUUGUCCUGCGCUUUGGAAAGAUCAAAGCGCAGCACAAGUUCAUUAACUCAUUUUUUAGGCCCAAGCCGGCCAAAAUACAUUUUAUAAAAAAGCGAUUACAUUUCCCUGAGGGGACAUCGCAUUUUUUUCUUAUAUAGACACUGCCUUACCGUAGCAGUCUCUUUUCACCAACCAAUCAUCAACAGAAAACAUCUACUUCAAUUUAAUAAACUUCUUGUUAAACUUACAAGCAGUUUUCUCUAUUUCCAUAUUUGGUUUGAAAAAGCCAUUUUGAUCCCAUAGCUUAUCAAAAUGCCUUCCUCCAAACCAAUUACCUGUCAAUUAGGACCAGCCAUAAAGGUCCUCAAGCAACAUCUCGCCGCAGCCAAUGCUUUGUUGAGAGCCGGCUCCGGUCGAGAUCUUGCAGAAUUAAGAGCUAUGUCCCACCAUCUCAGUCGUACCCUGGAUCGGGUAGACAAACUUAACGAGAAAUGGACUAUCCUCAUCAAUCGUCUCAAGGGGGAAGCCCUUGCGAUUGAGGAGCGGAUUUACCGAGAAUUCCCUCCAUUACCACCAGAGGAAGUACAACCACCUAGACCAAAACAUUUUAUGGAAAUUGUUGAACAAGCCCGAGGGGCACUCAACCAAAUUAACACCCUCCUCGAGCCAUAUACCAUUGCCUCGAGCAGUGAUCAGACCCCAAGUUCUGAUCAGACCUUAUCAAAUCAAAAGCCGGAACAACAAUAUGUUCCCGCACAUCAACAAAUAGAUCAACAAUUCAAUCAACAAAUCAAUCAAGAAUCCAAUCAUCAGCCAGACAUUCGGUUGCCCGAACUUCGUUUGGAUCCCUUCAGCGGUGAUCCAAGGGAGUGGCCAACCUUCUGGCAAUUAUUCUCAGCCAAUAUCCAUCACAGUCCAUUGAGCAAGAUUAGCAAGAUGAGUUACUUGCUAACCUUCCUAAAGGGACCUGCCAAAGACUUAGUCGCAGGUUUUAUCUUAUCAAACGAGAACUACGAUCAGGUUCUCGAUCUACUUCAGUCACGGUAUGGAGAUACUCGUGCCAUCACCGAGGCUUUAGAAGCCGAGCUGAUGAAUCUACAACCAGCCAAUGAGAGCCCUAAGUCUCUCCGAACAUUCGUGAACACAAUAGAAGCAAUCUGCCAUCAACUCGAGGCCUUUGGGCACGUCGAUACGUCACCAUUUAUCUCAACAGUCAUCAAGUCAAGACUUCCCGAGUCAAUACUCGGCAAGCUCAUUGAGAAAGAACGAAGUUCAGGACUACGAUGGAACUGCGCCCAACUUCACAAAGAAUUGCGCGAGCUCGUUGAAAUCCAAGAAGAGGUUCAACGAUGCACAACAUUACAAGUCAUACAAGAUAAAUCAAUGCCUACACAACUAAUAAAGCUGAGUGAAUGUGCCCCCAAGGAAAAUCAUGAACCAAUUGAUACCUUCGGAGCUCACUCAAGUCAUCAAUGGAAAACCAACCGUCCGACCAGAGGGUCGCGCAGUUGCUCGCUUUGUGGAAAUUCCGGCCAUUUACCUUCGAAAUGUCCGGAAUAUUCCACACCUCAAGACCGCAAACGCCGUCUUGAGGAGCAAAACCGCUGCUUACGUUGCCUAAGGGAAGGUCAUGUGGCUCUGGGAUGCCCUUCUCUUAUACCAUGCAGUCAGUGUCAAGGGAGCCACCACUUGCUAGUAUGCAUGAAUGCCUCCUUGACUCUGCAUGGUAAGGCAAGUAACCGUCAAGAAAAUCAUUCUCAAUCAACCGUGACUCUUGAAUCGAGUCCCACCAACCAAUCACUCAUGACUAUACAAUUGACCCCUCAAGCGGUCAAACAACCAAAUCAACCAUUCUCUUCCAAGGCCAACCAGAAUAAAGGCCAGGAGCCAGGCGUUCGUCAUAAAACUAAAAAGACUGCGCCUGUCUCAACCUCAAGACAGUCAGACUUUUCCUCUAUGCCUGUCUUAGAACUGUCAGAACAUAAUAGCUGUAUUGCUCAAUCCAUUCUAUAUCAUCUAUGCCCUCCGACUCAAGUUUGCAAGGGCUUAGUGUCAAAGAGGGGAACAAAAGCCUCAGCCACUUCCUCAUUAAUAACGGAGGUGUCUGCCCUCUUUCACAUACAUGCCUCAGGGAAGAAUAAGCCAAUCGACUCGGAAAUAUCAUUUCCCAGUCAGGCAUCAGCGUUGGCUACAGUAACCUCCAACAUGGUUACUCUAACCAAUAACGAGCCACGUCUUGCCCUCACUAUUGGCCGACCUGUCUCCCUCAAUACUCAAGACUCAAAGUGCUUGGAUCUCAAAGUCAUCCAUUCACCUCAAUCUACCCUUAUUCAAGAAGGGGUUGAGGAGUCAAACCAAUUUACCAAUCCAAACAAAGCUGAGUUUACAAUAAACUCACUCAACCAAGAGCAAAAUAUGCCCUCGCGCGAAGGUCAUCAGCGAUUGACUAGCUCGAGGUCAUUUGCUAAUUCAAAGCUCAUAAACAUCAAUACACUCCAAUCUAUCAGUAUUAUACUCGGGAAAGCAAGAGCUUUACCCUUCGCCUCAAAAUCGGUCGCCGAACAUAGACCGCUUACUGCCGAAGUUUUAAAACUCAUUCUUCUAAUUAAAGAGCAAUUUCUUCCGGCCUGGAUCUUGAAAUGUUCCAGCCUGUAUAACAAUCAAUGCCGCUUAUUAUCCAUAGGAUUAGCCGCAUAUUUUUGUUAUUUAUCAACAUUCUUGUUAAGGGCAUAUAUACUUCUCUGCCACACAGUUGCGACUCGAAUAGUCCCAACAUUUCUUCAAUCAUUGGCAGAUGGGGAAGGGGUUGCCAACCCAAGUGAUAAAAGGGUUGUCAACCCACCCAUCAUAAAUACUGCUCAAAUUACCGCCCAACCAGUGAGGCUUACGAAAUUAUACAGUACCCCACUCACCUCUUAUUUCGAAAAAUUUUCACAUAAAAAAAAGUCCCUUUUUGAAGGCUCUUCAAUAUUAUGGCGCCCUAAAUGGCUUGCAUCCAUUCGCCAUACAUUAUCAAAUAUAACAGACAUGGUCAUCUGUACCAUCUCUUCAUUCAAAUACCGGCCAUUCUUAGAAAUGCCCGUAAUAAUUAAAUUAAUUAUCUUCUUUAAAAGGCUGUUGAGCCAACUAAGUUGUGCACUUCCAAAUUGGAGAACACGCAAAAAACGCUUAGAGGCUCAAUCGACCCUUAAGCAUACAUUACCCGGCACUACGGAACUGACAUACAAUUAUCUGAUAAUUCCGCUCGCCCUUAGAAUAUCAUCAAGGCCAGCGGAAACUCGACCUUCACCUCACAAGCAUGUGCUAGGUCGCACUCAGGGUAUCAACAUCAACCCGACCAAAAGCCCGGAUCUUCAAGAAAUGAUUCCGCCUCAGGGCGCAACACGAUCUUCACUCAGCUAGAUCGUACUCCAAGCACCCAGCUAUUGAAGGCUCGGUCUUCUCUGACUCAAGAAGGAUUAAGAGUGAACAAGUAUGAGGAAUUUCGGCGGAUUCUAAUCCCCCGCAUACCGCGCCUUAACCAAUCAAUACUAACCACUUUCCUUGUGGCUCUCGAAAUUCCCACUCUUACCUCGAACCUAUUUUGGUUUCGAUUCCAUUUCUUGCCUUACAACAACAAGCCAACAAAAGUUGUACUGCAUCAAAACGAUAUCAUCAAAAGAAUCAUCAAUAGAAUCAACAAUGAUAAAGACAAACAGCAAGAAAUUUAUUUAUUCAUUCCCGGUCUAAUACCGGUCAGCAAAGCAAUCAUCAAAGACCCGAAGGGUCAAUACUUCA